GUGGGCGAGGAAAAGCCUCCAUUCCUCGUUAUUUCCGCACUGCAAAGUUUUUGGAUGCGCCACAACGGCAGUAUUGCUAUUAGUUCUUUAUUCAAAGAUAGAUUUCAAGACAAUAGGACGGUAAAUUCCUAAGUUGUGAAUCUAAAUGACUGUUGAGCGAGGGCGACAACAGCCUUCGGAAGGACGACACGCCUGCGCAGUCAGAAAAGAAAAUCGAGCAGCCUUUUUCCCCGCUCGCCACCCGGGCGGACGUCGAGCCACGAUCCAAACUCCAUUUGACCUCUUUCCAACCAUCUUCGUUAACACAUGGAGAUUCUGCAUCGUCCCGAAAACGAUGCUCCUCUCCUGCUUCCUUCCCUGCGUCUCUUCAUCCCGCCUCUGCGCCUGGUCUCGGCGGCAAUGUGGCAGGCGGUGCAGCGUGGCGACGUGCGAGACUACGGCACGGUGGAAGAGUUCGUCUGCACCGUCACCGACGUUCUUCCAGAGCUCUUGAAUGCCGACCACAAGGCUCAGCUUCUGCUGGGGCUUCGGGCACGGGUGGUUCUGGAAUUGUGUCGUUCUGAGGCAAACCCAGACAGAGAAACCAUUCAGAUGCAUUUAAGCCGAAUCAAGGGCCUCAUAUCUACGUGGGCGUCUCAGCCGUGCUUUGCUGAUGUCCAGUUUCCCAAAUCCAACUUUGUGGAUCAGCUGGAGCUGCUCUUUAAAGACGCCGAAGAGAGGGACAAGUUCUUCCAGGACGUUUUCCCCACUGACUUUGGACCGGAUUACGACGGCGCUCUUCAGGUGCUCAUGCUGGACUUCCUCUCCAGGUUGGAGAAACUUCUACCUGUGCCGGACAUCCAACAGACGGCCGCCAUGUUGAGCGCCGCCCCGGACGCCUUGGAUGAAUGUAUCCACUCGGUCCCCGACCCGUCUCACAUGAAGGCAGUGCUCUUGCACAACACUGCGCUCGGACACUUGGAUUUAACCGACGACUCUCAGAGCAUCCCGUCCUCUUUUGGAAACUGCAUCCUCUCUUCGCUGGCCCUCCCGCAGCUGGAAAAAGUGGUCAUCGACGACGGAAGCAUCCAGCUGCAGCCCCACGGCGAGCAGAUGGCGGGAUGCGUCACCGUGCAGGUGGAGGGCGAGACGGUCACGCUCUUGGACUACAUACAGAUCGAACAGGCGCCCGGCUUGAUGGAGCCUCACCCCGAAGAGGAAGAAGAACAAGAAGGCGAGGGAGAUGAGGAUUCGUUGAAGCCGGCGCCGUUCCGGCCACUCAAGCAAAGCAAACGCCUGCAACUGAAGAGGAAUGCGGCCGAAACCAAGAAGGACGAAGAGGCCUCGGACGCGGCCAAGCGUCAGAGGAAGAAGCACCCCAACGACAAGACGUGCCCCGUGUGCGGCAGAAGCUUCUUGCGCGCCUCCGCCAUGAGGCGCCACCAGGAGACGCACUCGGAGAACCGAGAGCUCAAGUACAAAUGCGCCCACUGCGACAAGGGCUUCCGCGACCCGUACGACAUGAAGCGCCACAUCAUGCGCAUCCACGAGAGGGACAAUUCCAUCGACGACGACGAGGCGGCGGCGGAGAGCGACUCUCCGGAGACGUCGGACGACAGAAACUGCGCCCUGUGCGGGAAAUUCUUUGCGCGGCAGGUGGACAUGGAGCGCCACAUGACGUCUCACUCGGAGGAGCGUCCGUACAAGUGCUCCUUCUGCGAGAAGAGCUUCAAGGACCCCUACAUCCUGAAGAGACAUCAGAAGGAGAUUUGCAAGAGUAAAGAGCUGAAGAACCCGCAAGACGCCUGCGAAGAUCCCGACCACCAGCCGGCGGAGGGCAAAGUGUGCCCCAUCUGCGGCCGCGCUCUGCCGUGUAGCGCCGACAUGGCCAAGCACCUGCGCUCGCACACCGAGGAGCGCCCCUUCAUCUGCGUCGGCUGCGACAAGGGCUUCAAGUACCGCGACACGCUCAAAAAGCACCAGAUCAUCCACGGCCACGAAGGCGUGCGCGAAGAGCCCCGCAAGAGCGUGGAUCAGAUCUUGGCCGAAGUCGAGAAGAACCCGCGAGAGUCGCCCGGGCGGCCGGCCGCCCGUCAAAAGGCUCGGGGCAAAACCGACGCGUGCCCCAUUUGCGCCAGAUCCUUCGACAACGUCAAGACGCUCAACCGCCACAUUCAAAGUCACACGGACGAACGUCCGUACCCCUGCGUCCACUGCAAGAAGCGCUUCAAGCACCUGCACGGCCUCAAACGCCACCAGAUCUACGCCGUCUGCAACAAGAAGUCUGCCCGCUUCUCCUGGAAGAAGGAAGCCAAGGCCGGGGCCGGAAACGCCGACGGCCAGGGCGCCGCGCACCAGAUCCCCGUGUGGUGCUCCAACUGCGGCAAGCACUUUGAGUUCCUGUCGGCGCUCAAGGAGCACCAGGAGACUGUGUGCAAGGCGGACACGCGUGACGGACUGAAAUGCGCCGCUUGCGGCAAGGUCUUCAAGAGCCUCACCAUGCUCAAGGUGCACCAGAGGAUCCACGACCCGCUGUACUGCAAAGAGUGCGGCAAGAUCCUGGCCAGCGAGGCCGCCUUCGAGCGGCACCAGCUGAUGCACCGUCCCAUGUCCUGCACCAUGUGCGACAAGAGCUUCACGCUGAUGCGGCGCCUGCGCGAGCACUACCAGAAGCAGCACGCCUUCUCCGGGCCGUACCCGUGCUCGCUGUGCGGCAAGAGCUUCGCGCAGCUCUCCUAUCUGGCCGUACACCAGCGCAUCCACAAGGGCGAGUUCCCCUUCGCCUGCGACCUGUGCCCGGGGCGCUUCCGCUCCUCCAACUGCCUGACGGUGCACCAACGCAAGCACACGGGCGAGAGGCCCUUCCUCUGCUGGCAGUGCGGCAAGUGCUACCGCUCGGCCUCGGAGCUCAACGUGCACAUGGGCACGCACUCGGAGGAGCGCCCCUGGGCCUGCUCGCAGUGCCAGGCGGCCUACCGCACCAAGGUGCAGCUCAACAACCACGUGGAGCAGGUGCACAUCGGCGUGCGCUACCCCUGCGUCAGCUGCGGCAAGCAAUUCAUGAAAGAGACCUCGCUCAAGCGCCACGAGCUCAUCCACACGGGCGAGCGGCCGCACCAGUGCACCGAGUGCGGCAAGACCUUCCUGACCGCCAGCGAGUUGCGCCUGCACAACCGCUACCACACGGGCGAGCGCCCCUACAAGUGCGACGUCUGCGGCAAGGCCUUCAUCCAGUCGGGCUACCUCAAGUCGCACAUGCGCAUCCACACCGGCGAGAAACCCUUCAAGUGCGACCUCUGCCCCAAGAGCUUCCGCCUGUCCUACCACUUGACCAAGCACCGCCACACGCACGCCGGCAAGGCCAAGACCUUCACCUGCGAUCAGUGCGGACUCUCCUUCGCGCACAAGAAGGCGCUGUGGGAUCACGCGGUCACGCACCAGGUCAAGAUGGAGCCCGCCUUCGCCCAAAUCCACAUCCAGUUCCAGUAACCCCACCAGAGCUGCCCUCACGUUUCGCCUUUCUUUGUUUCGCUCGCGUUCAGUCUUUAGUUGGAAUUUGAAUAAACACCCACAGGACGUUCGCUACUGCAUAGCCCUCAUGUUUUUUCUCUGACUUCACUGUUGGUAAAUGAACUAACACUUGUACAGAGCCUUUGCACCAACAAGGCACGCAAAGCGCUUUGACACUCGAUGCCCAUCUAUCAACUCAUGACGCGGCAUCGGGAGCAACACUGCAUUCAGUUGCUGUGUUCAGACUGCAGGUAUAUCUGAUUUUUAAGACUGACUGUUCACACCAUUUUUAGCGAGUGCCCAAAUCAGUUCUGGGCCUAUUCAGACCGGGCAGCAUUAUUGACACACUUGACAGGUUGCCGUGGCGACGAAGGCCUCAUCCAGCACGGUGUGACGUCCUGGACGGUCAAAACCCAUCUGAGUUGUUCACACUGACAAGUAUCUUGUCCAUAUCUGUCCUGCAAAAAUCUGAUUGUGACUGCUCGGACCACAAAAGAGCCAUCCAGUUUCAAUCAGAUUUUGGCUGCCAGUCGGAACAAGGGUUGGGGAAUGAUGACUCUUCUACCACUGAACCACACCAGAUGUCAGCACCGUAGCAGAAAUCAGCCGCUGCCCUGCAUCUGCGUGUGACGCCUCCUGCUGGCGGUCCUCCAUGCUCUGCGAUGAUGACGACACUUUUAAAGCCCCCACUUCCGAUGUGUCAAACUAGAAACGAAAAUGACUCAGUGGAGUCUGUGGCUGGCCAUCGCGGAGCUCCUGUGAUUUAUGCCGGCCCGUAAUUGCUUCAGCGUGCAGUUUCCCUGCGCAAUGUGAGGUAUUGCAAUACACACACGGGUCUCAUGUAUGCAUGUGUGUGUGUAAAUAUAUAUUCCUUAACGUAAGCACGUGAAACUUGCUCAUUUUCUCAUAUGAUUGAAGGAAAUGACUGAAUAUGACCCUUACACAAGUGACCUUAUUGCCCUACUCCUGGAGCAUCUUUUUAAAUCCGUGGCUGCCAUUGACGGCCAUCCGUUUAAAAGUUCAAAUGGUUUUGGAUGUCUAGUAGAGACAAACUCGAUGAAUUUUGAGAAGAGCCAUCAUCAUGGAUGGCACUGAGAGAGUUGACCAAAUGACUUCGAGUUUUGCAAUGGAAGCAGCUGGCAUUUGACAUGAUGAGUGUCUGACUAGUACGCUGAAAAAUUGGCAUUCGCUGGAAACGGCAGCGACCCUUGCACGUUACCAAAGAAAUGAUAAGACAAGCUCUCCAAUGUUGGGCAGCGCGCUUUUUAAAAAAUUUCUUCCAUAUGAACGACCGAACGGAAAGUUUUGGAGUAUUUUUUACUCAAGUUUGUACAUGUUUUCCUCCAUUUCUGAAAAUAAAAAGUGACGAGCCAAAUUUGGGUCUGUCUUGGUUUUUUGAGAACGACUGUGCCACAUUUAAUCUGGAGACCAGCGGAUUAAUGGCUUUCCUAAUCAAGCAUCCUCAUUUGACCCUGCCUGC